CCCUCAGGACCCCUCAGGACCCGGAACUGGCCUGUCUGACGACAUGAGCUAGCAGGCUAACAGACGAGCUAGCGGCGGCUCCGACAGAAACAAACACAAGUUACAGUUUAUCACAAAAUGUCUGAAGUCAAAGUGAAGAAGGAGACGAACCUCUCGGAUCCUGUCGAGGUGGAGAACAGGAUCAAGGAGCUGUGUCAGCAGUUCCCUCAUGGCAUCACGGACCAGGUGAUCCAGAACGACCUGCCUCACCUGGAGCCGCAGCAGAGAGCCAUGGCCCUCAACAAGCUGCUCUCAUUGGGUCAGUUGGACCUGCUGAGGAACAGUUCUGGUCUCCUGUACAGGAUGAAGGACUCGCAGAGCACCGGGAAGAUGAAGGGUUCCGACAACCAGGAGAAACUGGUCUACCAGGUGAUCGAAGACGCAGGAAGCAAAGGAAUCUGGAGCAGAGACAUUCGUUUUAAGAGCAACCUUCCUCUGACCGAGGUCAACAAGAUCCUGAAGAACCUGGAGAGCAAGAAACUCAUCAAGGCAGUGAAAUCAGUCGCUGCGUCUAAGAAAAAGGUGUACAUGCUGUACAACCUGCAGCCCGACCGCUCGGUGACGGGCGGCGCCUGGUACAGCGACCAGGACUUUGAGUCCGAGUUCGUCGAGGUUCUCAACCAGCAGUGUUUCAAGUUCCUGCAGAGCAAGGCUGAAGCAGCGAGGGAAAGCAAACAGAGUCCAAUGGUUCAGAGGAACAGUUCCUUCGCCACCUCACAUGAAGUGUGGAAGUUCAUCUGUGAGCUGGGAAUCAGCAAGGUGGACCUGUCCAUGGAUGACAUCGAGACGAUCCUGAACACGCUGAUCUACGAUGGGAAGGUGGAGAUGACCGUCAUUGCCGCCAAGGAGGGAACGGUGGGCAGCGUGGACGGACAGAUGAAGCUGUACCGCGGCGUCAACCCUGUCAUCCAACCCACCGGCCUCGUCAAGACGCCCUGCGGACUCUGCCCGGUGUUCGAUGACUGUCAGGAAGGAGGAGAGAUCUCGCCGUCCAACUGCGUCUACAUGACGGAGUGGUUGGACUUCUGACUUUUGACCGGAGUGAAGGGUCGUUUUGUUUUUCUAGGAUCUGUGAUCCAGAUGUUUCUUUUCUAUUUAUCACGAGUUCUAAUAAAAGUGUCAAUGUGGAAA